AUGAAAGGAGAGGAGCCUCCCUGGCAUCCUGGAAUCCCAGAGCCCUGGGAUGGAGCCACUGAAGCACCGGUGCCUCCCGGAGGGAGCAGCGAUGGGAGCCGAGCAGGAGCUGAGACUAGGACUUACCCGGGAGCGAUGCCUGUGGGCUCUGGCGCAUGCUCCAUGAUGCAACCGACCCUAGCAUCCCAGGCCUCAGGCCUUACGGCCUCCUGGUGGCCAGCUAACGGUGGCGGUGGGAGGGGACAGUUCGCUUGGGAAUCUCAGCCCCGCUUAUCUCCCUCCCUACCCCCGUCCGUCCAUGCACUGGAAAUUGGGUGUGGGGUGGGACUGUGGCUGGGGGAACUGCCGGUCUGUCAGCUCCGACUAGGGCUGGGGAGCGGGCCUAGUCAGGCUUCCUUGGGCCCAGCUCGGGGCCUGUCCUCCCGUUCUCCCUCCCCCCCUCAGCCUCGUUCCCACUUCGGCCCAGGCACCGCCUCUUCCGCCGGCCCCUGCAGGGUCUCCUUCCCGUGCGGCGGCGGGCUACACAGCCGCCUGCCCGGCUCAGCCCCCUACGACCCACCAGCCACCCACCCAGCCCAGCCCGCCCGCCUACCAACCAACCGCCUCCAGCCGCCGCCGCCGCCGCCACCGCCACCAAGGAAACCUCCGGCUCCUCACUCAUCCUCCCCCGCCCCAUUCACCAGCCGCCGCCGCCGCCGCCGCCACCACCGGAGACCGAAGGGGGGAGCUCCCGGGGAGGGAGGGAGGGAGGGAAGGAAGGGGACGGACACCAACCCGCCAGCCCAGCCGCCGCCGCCGCCGCUGCCGCUGCCGCCCGCCGGGCUGAGGGAGAGGAGCGGGCGAGGGGAGGGGGAAGGGCGACCUCCGCCCGCUGCCGCCGCUGCCGCUGCCGCCGCCACCGCCACCGCCGCCGGCCGGCCUUCCCACUUCACCUCAUAG